UCCAUCCUGCCAGGUUCUCCGGGAAACUCCCAGCAUGAAGCUUCUCGCUGCUGUCCUGUUCCUGGCCGUGCUAGGCGCCAAAGCUUCUCCCCUCGGUGAGGAACCCAAGCCAAGGCUGGACCAGGUUGCAGACGCCAUUGAACAUUACCUGGAGCAACUUCUCAGAACGCUCGCGGAGCUGAUCCAGAAAUCCGAGCUGGCCCAGGAAAUCGAGGCAUGGAGACUCACUAGGAAAAUUUCUAACUUCUUGGAUGACCUAGACCAUAAGGUGCCCCCCAAGGCCAAGGAGCAGCUGAGGGACCUGAGCGGGCAGGUGGAAGAAAGUUUGUCAGGGUCAGUGUAUUGGGUACUGGACAGGAUGGUGCGGCCCUACAAGACGCAGCUGCAUGCUGUCCUGGUGUCCUACACCGAGGGGCCGCUGGAGAUGGUGGAGCACUAUAGCAAGGCCCUGCUUGGUAGCAAGGUGUACAGCAUCAUCCCGUCUAGGGUGGAGCUGCAGGAGCAGCUGGGCUCCUAUGCCCAGGAGCUGGGGCUGCAGGAGUUCGAGUGUGGCCUGGCAGCCUACGCCAGGGACCUGCACCAGAAGCUCAGCCCCUAUGCUGAGGACUUGCAAGGCUGGCUGAACUCCCGCUGGGACGCCCUCAUGCAGUGUUUCAGUGAAGAGACCAGUGGGGGUGCCUCAUAGGCCUCGUCCAUACCUGGAGCCCAAGGCAAUCCCCCAGGAUUGAGGGGCACAGCUCCUCUGUAAGGCAGCCCGCAGCAGGCUCCCUGCCCCAUACGGCCGUCCAUCGCUCAAUAAACCGGCUGUUUGAU